UGUUGUCCGCACAUUUUCGGGUCUGCGAGCCAUAUACGGACUACAAAGGUCGCUACCACUUUGGUUUUCACUGCCCCCGUCUUUCUGACAAUAAAUCUUACAUCUUUUGCUGUCACCAUAACAACACCGUAUUUAAAUACUGCUGCAAUGAGACAGAAUUUCAGACUGUUAUGCAGAUGAACUUAACAGGGAACGCAGAUGGAUAUAUGCAUAACAACUACAGUGCACUGUUAGGUGUGUGGAUCUAUGGCUUUUUUGUGGUGAUCUUGCUGGUACUGGACCUUUUAUAUUACUCUUCAAUGAACUAUGAUAUUUGCAAAUUUUACCUGGCACGGUGGGGAAUCCAGGGGAAGUGGAUGACACAGGGGCAGAGCCGAUGGAUUAACCCUGCUCAGGAUCCAAGCCAAGUACAGACACAGCCUCAGCCAGAGACACAGCCUCAAAUUCAGCCACAGCCUCAAACAUCGCAGACAGUACAUACUUUAAAAGGAGAUGCUUUAAGCCCACCCCUGAUGUCUUUUCAGAGUACAUCUGCCUG